AUGGCCCAAAGUCUGCAAGAGGAGGUGACCUGUCCAGUUUGUCUGGAGAUUUUCUUCUGUCCCGUUUUACUCUCCUGCGAUCAUGUGUUCUGCUUUCAUUGCAUGCAGAGAUGGAUGCUAGAACACAUGGAUCUGAAAUUGACCUGCCCCAUGUGUCGAGGGGUAACUGAGAGCCCCCCUUUGGAGGAAUGGCAAAUCAGAGCACUGUCCCUUCUGAUCAGACAGCACAGUGGCCUACUGAUGAAAAGUCUGCACGUGAGCCAAGAGUUGCUGAGAUUCCGGGAGGUUAUGACUCUGGAUAGAAGCACUGCCAACCCCUUCCUUGUCCUCUCUGAUGACCUAAGGAAUGUUUGGUGUGGGAAGAUCUGCCACAACGCAGUGGAAGAUCCCCAGAGAUUCACCUACCUGACCUGUGUCCUGGGCACACCAUACUUCUCCUCUGGCUGCCAUUACUGGGAGGUCGAGGUGGGAGACGGGAAGGAGUGGACUCUGGGGAUCUGUAAGGAAUCCGUCGACAGAAAGAGGAAGGGCGGCUUCUCUGUUGAGCACGGCUUCUGGUUGAUCAGCCUGAAGGCAGGAACAAUCUGUACCAGCUCCAACCCAGAAAUCAGAAUUCCUGCAAGCCCCAAACUUAGCCACAUAGGGAUUUUUUUAGAUGUUGAAUUGGAAGAACUCAAAUUUUUUGAUACUAGAGAAAAUGCCCUCAUCUAUACAUAUAGUUGUCUCUCAUGUUUCGAGCCUUUGCGUCCAUUCUUCUGUCCUGAGUUGCCUAGAGAAGGCGACAGGGGUGCCUCCCUGAAAAUCUGUUCAUGA